GUGACUCUUUGAAUUUUCUGGCCGUGCUGUCUUCCUUUCCUUGUUGAUGGUUCUACCUCUAAAAGGCUAUUUAGAAACACUGUCCUGCGGCGGUGACAAUGGAGACUGAAAGUGCACCAAACUGCGGAACAGCAGAUCAAUAAUUACUUCAAGGAGUGUAUUUGCAAGCUGCUGAGGUUAGCCGACAAGCUAGUGUCAACACGGAUUAGCAAACCGAGCUACAGCCGCUGCUGCUGCUUUGCUGCUGUGGAUGCCACCGGCGAUUAUUAAACCUCAGUAAAUACUUUUGUAUUAUCUUUUUUUUUUUUUUUAAUUAAGUUACAGUUACAAGUUACAGUUACAGCUGGAAGCGAGGCGGUACAAGACGUGCCAGUAUGAGGAUUUUAAGGUUUCUGAGGAACAGCGUGUCCAUAGGAAAGGACAUCGACUACUAUUCCAAAUUUUCACCCUCCCCUCUGUCAAUGAAGCAGUUUCUGGAUUUUGGUUCAGAAAAUGCAUGCGUGAAAACGUCCUUCACCUUCCUCAGACAGGAGUUACCUGUGAGGCUGGCUAACAUCAUGAAGGAGAUUAACUUGCUGCCAGACAACUUACUGAGGACUCCAUCAGUCCGACUGGUCCAGAGCUGGUACAUGCAGAGUCUUCAGGAGAUUCUUGAGUUCAAAGACAAAAAUACAAAUGAUGAGAAAAUCACAUACGAUUUCACAGAUGCUGUGAUAAAAAUCAGAAAUCGUCACAAUGAUGUCAUUCCCACCAUGGCUCAGGGACUUGUGGAGUACAAGGAGGCGUACGGCACGGAUCCGGUCGUCAGCCAAAAUGUUCAGUAUUUUCUGGAUCGUUUCUACAUGAGCAGGAUUUCCAUCAGGAUGUUGCUCAACCAGCACACUCUGCUCUUUGGUGGGAAGGUGAAGGUGAAUCCUGCACACCCCAAACAGAUCGGCAGUAUUGAUCCACACUGUCGAGUCAGCGAGGUUAUCAAAGAUGCCUACGAAAAUGCAAGAAACCUUUGUGAUCGGUAUUACAUGAACUCCCCCGAGCUGGUACUGGAGGAAUUCAAUGCCAAAGAGAAGGCAGGACCCAUCACCAUGGUCUAUGUUCCAUCUCAUUUGUAUCACAUGGUGUUUGAACUUUAUAAGAAUGCCAUGCGGGCAACCAUGGAGUUAUACGGAGAUGCCAUGGAGUACCCUCCCAUCCAUACACAGGUUGCUCUGGGAACUGAAGAUCUCACAGUAAAGGUGAGUGACCGUGGAGGAGGCGUGCCGCUGCGUAAGAUCGACAGGCUGUUCACCUACACGUACUCGACUGCUCCGAGACCCAGCAUCGACGGUUCACGCGCUGCUCCUCUGGCUGGUUAUGGGUAUGGCCUGCCCAUCUCACGGCUGUAUGCCCGCUACUUUCAAGGGGACCUGAAGUUGUAUUCUAUGGAGGGUUACGGAACCGAUGCUGUGAUCUACAUACGGGCACUAUCCACAGAGUCCAUUGAGAGGCUCCCGGUGUACAACAAGUCGGCCUGGAAACACUACAAGACCAUCCACGAGGCCGAUGACUGGUGCGUCCCAAGCAAAGAGCCGAAGGACAUGACGACAUUUCGCAGUUUGUAG